UAGACUCGGAGGUUUAGAUGGUCGUUCCUUGCACCUUGUUCGCCUUGGUUGCCUUGAUGGAUUCUUCAGCUCUGCUAUUGCGCCUACUCUACCGAACUUUGACGUGGCACCUCAGCUGACCGUCUUGGACGUCUCUCUACCUUACCUAUCCCGGUACCCGCAGUCCAAGCUAUAUAUGGGUAAUGCCUGUGGAAUUGUAAUCUGAUUCUUUGCACAACCUGUUUCUGAGAAUUUUACCCCUCGAUCCCCUUUCAGAGCAACAAAUAAUCUACACAAAAGUUUGACACUCAAAAGCGUCAUCCAUGGAUCCCGCUCUACGCUCUAUAGCAAAAUGGUGCAUCGGUCAUAUUGGGUUCCUUGUUUUAUGUCUCAAAAGUAUUGCAUCAAGCGAGGAAAAAUCCUCUGGGAAACAGCCGUGACAUUAUCUAAGCCGACAUGCUCGGGAUCGGCAUUCUCUGGAUUGACAGCCUCUGAACCGAUAUGCUCUAAGCCGAAAGCACAGGAUCGAGAUGUCCUGAAUAAUUACCCACACCCUAAGCGAACUCACCCCAUGGCAUCACAUGAACGUCCUUACUGGGAGUCCAACUUUGACAGAAAUCACCGGCAAAGUCCGAUAAUCCGGCUUCCUGAUGAGCUGCUGGUACGCAUCUUGGAAACUCUCGAGAUAGCCGAUCUUUGCAUGGUCCGCCAAAUAUCAUUCAUCUUUUGGCAUAUCUAUCUGGGAAAAGAAUUUGAGAAGUCCCAUCGUAGAGAAGUGAGAAUCUGGUCACGCAGAUCAGAGAGUUUCCAGGAUGACGAAGCAACCGUUGUACGAGCCAAACUGAACGCUCUUUGUACUAAAUGGAGGAAGCGUACCACUACACUAGGUGGGGAGACACGUAUUUUUCGUUGCAAGGUAUCCUACAGGAAAUUGGUCUUCUCUGCUGAGCAGCGCAAAAAGGGCCCAGAAAUUCGUCAAUGCAUUGCGCACGACGCAUUCAUCCGGUCUUGUCCUCAUCUGACGGUGCCAGUCUCUUGGUCCUGGGGCAAGAUCACGCAUUCGGAGCGUACCAGUGCAGACAGAGUUCGGGCAGACAGAUCUGUUUUCGGUAUUUUCCUUGAGCCUAAAAGUUGCCAUCAGUGCGAAGAAAUAACAGGUUUCCAAGAUGCCCUGCAUCACAGAAGAGAUCUUCGUUGGAUUCCCAAGCCUCCGACAAUAUCACUCUAUGCUUCCCCAAUGAUUGGUAAUAGGCAACUCAGCGUCCUAGUCACGUGGGAGUUGCCGUUAUUCACGGUGGUCAAAGACGCGACUAUCACUAUGGAUUUUAUAAAGCAGAAGCUGGAGGGACUUCGAAACAAAUAUGGCAAUAUCUUCUUCUCUCACUUGGGCCGACAUGAAAUCACCUUCCAAAUGCUCAGGGUCCUCGAUCCCCAGUACUGCGGCUGUUUAGGUGGGGACAGCCGAGUUGGGCGUCUUGUUCCCUGCGACAAGGCCCGAUGAGGGACUCGGGACUGCAGAAGGCCAAGAGUUGAAGUAAGUGAUGCAGAGCCUUUGCCACCUAGCAAAC